AUGGAACAUUCCUUCUAUGUCUCCCAUCACUGCUACUGGUUCCUGUCGGAAUCGGAGGAGUACACCCAGCAAGGUGUUCGUAAGUCGGGGACGACCAUCCCCCCGUCUCUGUCCCGGCCGGUCCCACUUCCCGGUGCUCCGUCCCGCUUCCCGGCUGGGACGGGGACAGGAGGACCGGCCGAGACAGGACGGGGCACAGGGAAGUGGGACCGGCCAGGACGGAGACGGGACAGGAGGACUGGCCGGGAUGGAGACAGGACCGGCCGGGACGGAGACGGGAAAGGGGGAACUGCAGUCGGCGAGACAGAGCACCUGGCUCUUUACUUUUCUACCUUCCUUGCCUCCUUUCAGUCGGGGACGACCGUCUCCGUCUCGGCCGGUCCUCCUGUCCCGUCUCCGUCACCGGCCGAGACGGGGAACUGGAGUCGGCCGGGACGGAGGAACGGGAAGUGGGACCGGCUGGGACGGAGGAACGGGAAGUGGGACCGGCUGGGACGGAGACGGGAUAGGAGGACCGGCCGAGACGGGGAACUGGAGUCGGCCGGGAUGGAGACCGGACAGGAGGACCGGCCGAGACGGGGAACUGGAGUCGGCCGGGACGGAGGAACGGGAAGUGGGACCGGCUGGGACGGAGACGGGAUAGGAGGACCGGCCGAGACGGGGAACUGGAGUCGGCCGGGAUGGAGACCGGACAGGAGGACCGGCCGGGAUGGAGACAGGACCGGCCAGGAUGGAGACGGGAAAGGGGGAACUGCAGUCGGCGAGACAGAGCACCUGGCUCUUUACUUUUCUACCUUCCUUGCCUCCUUUCAGUCGGGGACGACCGUCUCCGUCUCGGCCGGUCCUCCUGUCCCGUCUCCGUCACCGGCCGAGACGGGGAACUGGAGUCGGCCGGGACGGAGGAACGGGAAGUGGGACCGGCUGGGACGGAGGAACGGGAAGUGGGACCGGCUGGGACGGAGACGGGAUAGGAGGACCGGCCGAGACGGGGAACUGGAGUCGGCCGGGAUGGAGACCGGACAGGAGGACCGGCCGAGACGGGGAACUGGAGUCGGCCGGGACGGAGGAACGGGAAGUGGGACCGGCUGGGACGGAGACGGGAUAGGAGGACCAGCCGAGACGGGGAACUGGAGUCGGCCGGGAUGGAGACCGGACAGGAGGACCGGCCGAGACAGGACGGGGCACAGGGAAGUGGGACCGGCCAGGACGGAGACGGGAAAGGAGGACUGGCCGGGAUGGAGACAGGACCGGCCGGGACGGAGACGGGAAAGGGGGAACUGCAGUCGUCGGGGACGACCGUCUCCGUCUCGGCCGGGCCUCCUGUCCCGUCUCCGUCACCAGCCGAGACGGGGAACUGGAGUCGGCCGGGACGGAGGAACUGGAAGUGGGACCGGCUGGGACGGAGACGGGAUAGGAGGACCGGCCGAGACGGGGAACUGGAGUCGGCCGGGACAGAGGAACGGGAAGUGGGACCGGCUGGGACGGAGACGGGAUAGGAGGACCGGCCGAGACGGGGAACUGGAGUCGGCCGGGAUGGAGACCGGACAGGAGGACCGGCCGAGACAGGACGGGGCACAGGGAAGUGGGACCGGCCAGGACGGAGACGGGACAGGAGGACUGGCCGGGAUGGAGACAGGACCAGCCGAGACGGAGACGGGAAAGGGGGAACUGCAGUCGUCGGGGACGACCGUCUCCGUCUCGGGUUGGGAGGUUGGGAGGGCUGCCUGA